AUGAAUUCAGCCGACGUCGAAAAAGUCCAUGAAUCACCUUCUUUGCAUAGCUUGAGCCCAUUCGAGCUAGAAAGUACACCUACCAAGUCCAGUCAUGACGCCGUUCUUGGAUCAAAACCCCAGUCAAGGCUGGAGCGAUGGUUGAUCCGCUUCAAUGUGGAGACCCGUGGAAUUGAAAGAGUUCCUGUCGAGGAGCGAGAGCCAACAACGGCAUCCUCAUCAUUGCAUAUGUUUCUGAUGUGGUUUAGCAUGGCUUUGGCUACUAACAAUAUCAUUGUCGGAUCCCUGGGGACAUUCUUGAUGGGUCUCAGUUUCAAGGAUGCAGCAUUGUGUGCAGUCUUUGGAAAUUUGACCGGAGUUUUUCUUGUUGGAUAUAUGAGUACCUGGGGCCCGCAAAGUGGAAAUCGCACCUUGAUCGUCAGUCGAUAUUUCAUGGGCUACUAUCCGAGCAAAGUCUGCUGUGCUUUGAACAUUUUCACCAAUCUUGGCUAUAGCAUGAUAAACAGUGUUGUUGGUGGCCAAGUCAUAUCCAUGGUAUCUGGAGAACGUAUUUCCGUGCUGGUGGGUAUCGUGGUUGUUGCUUUCACUAGUUGGGUCAUGGCCAUGUUCGGGAUGCGGAUUUUCGAAAUUUACGAACGAUUUGCCUGGCUUCCUCAAUUGAUGGUCUUAUGCGUCAUGUUGGGCUCAGCCGGUCCUCAUUUCGACUUCAACGUCCAUACUCCAGUCCCACAGGGGCAAUUAAAUGCCAAGCGUAUCACCUACUUUUCCCUGUGCCUCUCCAUUGCCAUCGCUUGGGCACCCCUUGCUGCCGACUACUACGUUUACUACCCGCCGAACGUCCAGCGUUGGAAAACCUUCACUGUUACCGUCCUCGGAUGCGGGCAAGCUAUGAUAAUUACACUUCUGAUUGGCAACGGACUUGGAACUGUCCUCGCAAGUUCACCUUCUUACCUCGUGAAAUAUGGUAACACCCCUGGUGGCCUAUUGAUGACAGCGUAUGAUUCUCUCGGAGGGUUUGGGAAAUUCUGCGCCGUGGUCAAUGUCCUCGCCCUCGUUGCAAAUAACACCCCGGGCGCCUAUUCGAUGGGAAUGAACCUGCAGAUGCUAGGAGCCUGGUUCCAAAAAGUCCCCCAGCCUAUCUUCACGACUCUCGCUACUGUUAUUUACACCGCUUGCGCCAUGGGCGGACGCAACUCGCUGUAUCAGAUUUUCAAGAGCUUCUUGCCGCUAAUCGGAUAUUGGGUAAUUAUCUGGAUUGUGAUCGUUAUGGAAGAGGACUUUUUCUUCCGCAGGUCAUCAGGUUACGACUGGUCAGCAUGGAACAACCCGCGAAAACUCCCCCUGGGUAUCGCGGCUGGAACUGCUUUUUUGGUCGGUUGGGGUGGUGCGAUCGUCGGCAUGGAUCAAGCAUAUUACUCUGGCGUCCUUGCCCAAGUGACUGGGGGCUCGGAUCUCGGUCUGUGGGUGGGGGCGGGCUUCACUGCUGUGGCAUUCCCACCACUGAGAGUGUUGGAGAAAUGGUACAUCGGGCGCUAA